AUGCCCACCCCUUCCACCCCUAUCAUCGACGAUAGUGCGAGCCUCGAUCAAGUAUUCACACCACCUCAUACCUCAUGCCCUCCAGACGACGACCGAGCAACUUGGAGGAGUCUAGGUAUUGGUGAACCAUACACGGAGGCUGUAGUUUCAACGUCCGAAGUUCUACAGCAACCGACUCCUCCAUCAGAUUCAAACCCGAAUGGCCAGAACGGCCCUCAAGAUACGACGACACAAUCAAAUGUCAAGCCAAUGGAUAUUGACGAGGGAACAUCCGCGACACAGAUGAUGUCGCCUAUUAGUGUUGAGGGGGAGAAGUCUGUUGAGAAUGAGUUGCCGGCCGUGUCGAGCGUUGAUAUGGGCUCACCUGCGAUGGGACACGACUUCUCCAAUGUCCGACUCAUGCCAUCAUCUCCCUCCACAUUUCUACGACCUGGCAGUAAAUUUGUAGGGACACAGCAAUCAGAACGACAGGUCUAUGAGGUUCAGGUCGAGAUUAAACAUGUAGAUAUGCGCGAGUCCUUUCUCUGUGGCUAUCUGCGAAUCCAAGGCUUGACCGAAGACCACCCUACGCUGACUACAUAUUUCGAAGGUGAAAUCAUCGGUUCCAAAUACACAUUUUUGACACAGCAAAAUGCUUGGGGGUCGAACGAUAAGGUGGACUUGCAGCACUGGGCCAAAUUCUCCGCAUUCAGACCUUUUCAGAAAGCUGCGAAGAGAGGGAAUUUCCAUAUACCUCAACUAGCACAGCGAGAGAAUAUAUUCAUGAGAUGGAAAGAACAAUUUUUGGUUCCAGAUCAUCGAGUACGGACAAUUACCGGAGCAAGUUUCGAUGGUUUUUACUACAUUUGUUUCAACCAAAUACAGGGGACAGUUAGUGGGAUUUACUUUCAUGCGAAGAGUGAAAAUCUGGACAGAUUUCAGCAACUAGAAUUGAAGCACGUCGAAGAUCGUGGAUGCUUUUCCGCGAUGGAGUUUCGAUGA